AAUAAUUCAAUUUCUAAUGUGUUUUAUAUUAUGAUUACAAUAGAAAAAGUAACAAAAUAUUAAAGCAGGAUAUCAUUUUAAAACAAAUCUGGACAAUGAAAAAAAUAUGUGCCGACAACUGAUUUUCUUUAUAUAAAAAAGUGCAGUUCGCGGAACAGCUCUGACGUCAUCACGCAGGCGGCGGGACUCCUCCCUCUGCUGUAGUCGUGUUGGACAGAGAAGAGGUUUUUGUUUCGAGAUAUUCAGCGUUUAAGUGUAACGCGUCCACACACGAGGACCAGAGCAAUUCACUUGGCUCUUUAUUCCUUUCUGUUAACUAUUUCAGUCAUCUUUAACGUGACACAGACGUCUUUGAGAAAGGUAGAAGAUACAUCUUCAUGUCAUGGAGUUUAUUAAAGAGGAGCCUGAAGACUCGACUGAUCCAGAACCCUGCAGAGUGAAAGAUGAAGAAACUGAGGAACAAAUAGGUCUGAUGGAAGUGAAAGAGGAAAGCCAAGAACUGAAUGAAGUUGAAGACAGCCAGCAUUUACAGACACCUGAAAACUGUAUAGCUGAAGAAGAUGACACUCAGUCUGAAAACCUUUCACGAUCAUUUCACACCAGAAAGAGACCUUUCACAUGCCAUCAAUGUGGAAAGAGUUUCACUAGUAAACAAACUCUUCAAAAUCACAUAAAAAUCCACUCUGGAGAGAGGCUUUUCCAGUGCACUCUUUGUGAAAAGCGUUUCGAUUAUAAAGGACAGUUUAAUAUUCACAUGAUGAGCCACACUGGAGAGAAGCCCUUCUCGUGUGCUCCGUGUGGAAAGAGGUUUUUACAUAGAGGACAUCUUAACGAACACUUACGGAUUCACACCGGAGAGAAGCCUUACACAUGCGCUCACUGUGGAAAGUGUUUCAGAUUUCAAGCAAGUCUGACAUGGCACUUGAGAAGCCACACUGAAGAAAGCCCUUUAACUGGCUCUCAGCGUGGAAAAAGUCUCAAACAGCAAGAAAAACUCAAGAGUCACAUGAAAAUCCACACUAAAAAGAAUCAGUUUACAUGCCCUCAUUGUGAAAAGAGCUUCAGUCAAAAAGGACAAUUUAGUAUUCACAUGAUGAGCCACACUGGAGAGAAGCCCUUCUCGUGUCCUCAGUGUGGAAAGAGGUGUUUACAUAGAGGACAUCUCAACGAUCACUUACGGAUUCACACCGGAGAGAAGCCUUACAUAUGCGCUCACUGUGGAAAGAGUUUCACACAUAAAGCAAGCCUGACAUGGCACAUGAGAAUCCACACCGAAGAAACGUUUAAGCAUUACAUUAGAAUGCAUCCUUUCAAAUGCCAUCAGUGUGGAAAGAGUUUCCUUCAUAGAGGACACCUUAAUGAACACUUAAGAGUUCACACUGGAGAGAAACCAUUCACAUGCCCUCACUGUGCAAAGAGUUUCAGUCAUAAAGGAUACUUUGAUCUUCACUUAAGGAUACACACCGGGGAGAAACCGUUCACAUGCGAUCACUGUGGAAAGAGUUUCACGCAUAAAGGAAGCCUGAAGUGGCACAUGAGAAUCCACACCGAAGGGCUUUUCCCUUGCAGUGUGUGCGGGAAGAGUUUCGCCUAUAAAAGGGAACUUCAGAUUCAUAGAAGAAUUCACAGCGAAGAGAACCCUUCGACUUGUCUUCAGUGCGGGAAAAAAUUCACAUGUGACAGAAAGUUUAAGUGUCACAUGAAAACUCACUCUAAAGACUAUAUUCACUCAUGCAAUCAAUGUGGAAAGGGUUUCAAUCAAAGAGGACACCUGGAUGAACACAUGAGAACCCACACCGGAGAGAAGCCCUUCAAAUGCCAUCUGUGUGGAAAGAGCUUCAGUCAGAAAGGAACCUUAAACAUUCACCUGAGCAUUCACACCGGAGAAAGACCGUUCAAGUGCCAUCAUUGUGGAGAGAGUUUCAGUAAGAAAAGAAACAUGAAUGUUCACCUGAGAACUCACUCUGCUAUUAACCUUGCAUGCCAUCAGACUGGACAGAAAUUAAUUCAACAAGCGCACCUUAGUGAUCAUAUAAGAAUUCACAUCGUAGACCGACCAUUCACGUGCCAUCACUGCAAUAAGAACUUCAUUCACCGAGGACACCUUAAUGAUCACCUGAGAAUCCACACCGGAGAGAAGCCUCACGUGUGCCAACAGUGUGGGAAGCGUUUCACACAUAAAGGAAGCCUUACGUGGCACAUAAGAUCUCACACUGAAGAGGAACUUUUACAAUGCCGUCAAACCGACAAGAAAUGCACAGAAAAUGCAGAUGUUGAGAGUCGGAAAAGAACGUGCACCGCAGCAAAGCCUUACGCGUGUCAACAGUGCGGGAAGCGUUUCCCUCUUAAAGCAAGCCUUAAGUGGCACAUGAGAACUCACGCCGAUGAGGAGCCUUUCACGUGUCACCUAACUGACAAGAAAUGUACAAAUGAUGUAGAGCGUCCGAUAAGAGUUCGCUCCGGGGAGAAGCCUUACGUGUGUCCAUUAUGUGAAAAGAGUUUCAGUCGUCAAGCAAUCCUUCAGAGUCAUGUAGAAACUCACUUUGAAGAGAGUCCUUAAAAAGUCCUUUUUGACUAAAGCAUUACAAUAGCGCAAUAUGUUUGCAGAUAUUUAGGAAACAUGCUAAUUCACAUACUUGUUUCUCUGAAAAUCAUUACAUUUGCUAAUAUAACAUACUGCACCUUUAGACAUGCCCUCAACGUAGAAAGAAACUACUCAUAAUCUUACGAGAAACCAGGCAUUUUUUCUUAAGUACUAUCACCUUAUUAAGGACUUGCUUUUGGCUUGCUCACUCGGGGUAUAAUAACAAAUAACACUUUUUUUUUGAAGCUCUAAAUGGAAGUGUUCGGCGAUGACCAAUGGUAGAUAUUUCUUCAGUAUUGUCUGUAAAGCUUUGAACCAGUGUACACUACUACCAUUAUAUAUGAAAAUCACUGUAAAUCAAACUGCCUUGGCUUACACAUUUUUCUUGCAUUAAAAACCUUCACGUCCUCAUGCCACGUAAAAUGUAAACAAGUCAGAUAUUGUUUUAGAAAACAUGCUGAACUUUGCAGAAACAAGCUUGUGUCAUUGUGAAGAACAAUUUAAGCAGAUAAAGACCAUAUACUGAUAGUUGUACAUACCACUUUGAGUUUCGCAAUUAACCGAGACCGCAGCAUUAGCCGCUUUUCCACUGUUGGGCCAGUGCGAGCCAAUGCUUUAAACCGGUCAGGUGGGGCUAAUAGCAUCGGGCUGUGUUUUCAACAUCACGUCAGAAGCUCCGCUGCGCAUAUUUCUGCAUUGUACGGGGAUCAUAAUCCACAUUGGAUCAAGUUAUUUCAAACACUAGCUACUGACUGAAAGUGAGUUUUGAGCUCAACUUAUUUAAAAAGUUUUUAAUGCUGGUGUUAUCGCUGUUAGCUUUAUGAAAUGAUCUGCAGCGCUGAGCUCUCCAGAUGCCUUUAUUAAUAACCACUCCUCAGGCCCGCUUUGGCCCAAGGUUUUCGUCAGCGCCGAGGAAGAACUGAUGAGGCAUGAUCAAGCACUGGAAGUGACAAUGGAAACACGUCUGGCACACACUAGCUCGCUUUUGGCCUGACAGUGGAAACGCAGUCACUGAAUAAAGCCACACAUUCCAGCUUUCUGCAAUUCUGAUGUUGCCUAAAAAAACUAAUAAUGCUGCUGCACAAUACUUUAUAAUACAGUGCAACGUCAGCAUGUUGUAACACAACAUCUGUAUUGCAAACUGUAUUUCCGUUAUUGUCAUUUGUAGCGUAGGCAUAUCACAGCGGCAUUGUCAUAUUAACCAAUUCAUAUUCUGUAAAAUGAAUGAACAGUUGCGAUACACUGUGUGGACAGUCAGUUAUUCAAAUCAAAUUCCACUGGGAUAUGCACGAAAUUGGAUUUUGGCUGACAGUGAAUGAGGCUUUAGUGUUUUCCCCAUGUCUAGUGUGUUCCUAUGAUUAACAAUUAUGAUGAUCUGUCUUCUCAUUAUCCCGUGUGCAUUUAAAUCCUCUGUUUAGCUCAGUGCAUUGUCCUGUAUUGUCAUUUCUAAUUCUUGUAAAGCUUAAACUUCUCUCCUGUACCUUAGUUUGAGUAAAUGUUGGAUUUCCUUCUUUAUAGAAGGUAUUAAGUAUUCAAUUAUGUUAAAUGGCUGACAUGGAGAUCCAUCUCUUUAUCACCUCCCUCCAGUUCCUGGAACAUAACAUAUCAUAUAUUUGGACUGGACUUGAAGAUCAUGUUAAACAUCUUAUUCCCCUGUCUGUUCAUGGUCCUCGAGGGAAGUUUAAGGAUUUUGUUGGCUGUUUAUUAACACAUGAUCCAUCUUUAGGGGGGCUGAAAAUUGAUUGAAAAUUGGUUUCAAAGAUAACGCUGUUGAAAAUGAUCCCUGACAAUAUACAAUACUCUCUCCUUUUGUAUAAUCCUUUCCCCCUAAGAACCCAAGAGUUUUAUACUUGCUCUAAAAUCGUGUUAACGUUGCCAUUAUCCUCCACUAAUUGGAAAAUGUUGUUAAUCGAUCAACACAGGCUCUGAAAAAUGACUUGGCCGUUCUUGAAUUGUCAUUCCAAAUAUUCUGAAAUAAAAAUAAAUAAACAAAA